GAGCGUCGCGCCCAAAUCAGGUUGCAAACCAUGAGCUGGGCAGUGGAGGAGUGGAAGGAUGGACUUCCAGGGAAAGCCCUGCAGAAGAUCCGGGAGCUGGAAGUCCAGCUGGAUAAACUGAAGAAGGAAAGGAGUCAGAAACAGUUUCAACUGGACUCAUUAGAAGCUGCCCUGCAAAAGCAGAAGCAAAAGGUGGACAGUGAACGUACAGAGACCUCUGCUUUGAAAAGAGAGAACCAGGGUUUAGUAGAGUCACUUGACUCUCUGGAGAAAGCCCGUCACAAGGUGGUCCAUGACUUCGGAAUCAAAGAGCAGCAGGUCAGCUACCUGGAGGGUCAGCUUAUUUCCUCCAGAAAGACCAUCGAGCGACUGGAGCAGGAGCUCAAGAAGUUCAAAAAUGAACUGGAUCGUUCUCAACCCGCUGGUUCUUCCUCUAUGUCAUCAUCAUCCUCUGAGCUGCAUCCCUACACUACUCCACAGAAAAGUUUCUCUACCCCAGCUCCUGUCCCGGCUUACAGACAGCAGGAUAUUAGGCUGGAGGAGCUUCAAGAGAAAUACAACCAAGAGGUAGAAGAAAGGAAAAGACUGGAGAAUGAACUCAAAGUCAUGCAGGUCAAAUUGUUAAAUCAGUCUUCAGUCGGCGUAAGUCACAAGGAGAUUGCUGCCCGCCAAACUGGAUCUUCCAUAUUCCCAUGGCAAGAUCAGGGCCACGGCCGACAGUCUCAGGAUCUAAUGGAAACGCCUCUGAAGAGGCGAGCUGCAUCUCUGUGGGACGCCCUUGAGGAGACACCUAUCAAAUCCUGCCAGAGAGUGAGCUCUUCCAUAGCAGUGCAGAGUCCCAGUCGAUCCUCACAACAGAUGGAGCAGCUGAAGACGCUCAACCAAGAGCUGCGUGGCCGUGUGUCCGAGCUGGAGAGGAAUCUGUCCAAUCAGGAGAAGGAAAUUCGUGGCCAGGCUUCCAAACUGCAGGAACUACAAACUCAACUGAACCAGGCCCGCAAAGACCUGACUGAACGGGACAGAGACCUGGCCAAGACUAGUCAAGAGCUGAGUCAAUCCAAAGACAGACAACAGCAGCUGGAGACCAAGUGUUGCUCAGUUGAGCAGAAGCUGAAACAAGUCACGGAGGAGAUGGGCUGUCAGAGGCACAACGCUGAAAGCUGCAGACGUGCCCUGGAGCAGAAACUCAAGGACCAAGAACGGGACAGUCAGAAGGAGCUUGCCCAGCUCCAGAAUUCACACACAGCUUUGGAUCAGCAGCUGAACCAGACCAGAACCAAGCUCACACAAGAGAACCAACAGUCCAAAAAAGACUACAACAUACUGCAGGCUGAUUUGGAGAAGAUGUGCUUACAGAAGAGUCAGAUGGAGAAGGGGGUGGAGGAGCAGAAACAGAAACUGCUGCGGUCGGAGCAGAGCCUCCAGGUCAUUCAGACCAAAGAACAGGACAUCCGCAAGAACAUGGAGGAGCUGCAGAGAGAGAAGAACAGUUUGACUGUCCAGUUGGACCAAAGCAGCAGGCGUCUGUCUCAGCUGGAGGAAGAGAAGAAGAGUGGAGACCAGAGCAUCAAACGCAUCCAGGGACAACUAGAUGACCUCAAAGCGAAAUCAGAAGGACAGUUAGAAGAGCGGAAGAGACUCGAGACAAAACUGGAGCAGCAGACUCAGUCUUCAACCCGUGAUCUGGAAAACUCGAAGAAAACUCUUUCUGAUGCAGAAACCAAAAAUGACAGACUUCAGAAUGAACUGCAGGAACAGAAACAAGAGGCUGAGAAACUGACCAACAGGUUGACAGUCGUGGAGAAGGAGAGCCAAGACCUGAAAUCCAAUCUCUCUGUGAGUCAGAGUGAGUGUAAGGAGGCGCAACAAGAACAUCAAGCUCUGCUUGAGUGGAAGAAAGAAAAGGAGGUCUUGAUUAAUGAAACUGAAGCAGUGCAAAAGGAACUCACUGACAAAAUUAACAACUCGGAGAAGAGUCUCAUUUCGUUGAAGGAGGCUAAUGAAGAACUUAAGAAGCAGCACAUGAGUGUUGAGGACGAUAAGGCCGUUUUGUCUGCUCGCAUCGAUUCCCUGAAGGGUGAACUCCUCAACAAGAGCACAGAGUUGGAGCAGAGAGAGCAUGAGAGCAAUCAGCUGAAGUCUCAACUCUGUGAGGCUGGACAGAAACACGCCAAAGAUCUGGAGAAUGUUGGUAUGCAAGUGGCACAACUCGAAGCUCAGGUCAAAGAUCUGGAGUUGCGGCUGCAAAAGGAAAUGACUCGAGCAGAACAAGCCGAGAAGACGCACCGAGAGCUGCAGGAUGAGCAUCAGACCGUCUGUGACCUGGUCCACUCCAAGGACCAGCUGGUCGAGCUGCGCCAGGCUGAGAUCAACCAGCUGAGAGAGAGUCUCGAGGAGUCCACUGCGCAACAAGAGGAGCAAAACCUCAGAUUGGCAGAAGAGAGGGAAGCGUUGCUGAGGCAAUGUGCGGAGAGGGUUUCAGCAAAGGCUGGAGAGUUGGCAGACAUCAAGUUUAAGUUGGAAGAGACUCAGCGAGAGGUGCAGCUCAUCGAAAACCAGGUCAAUUCCUCGAAAGAGACCCUUCAGCAACAUGAGCAAAUGGAAGCUGAGGUGCUUGAACAACUUAAGUUCCUGGCAGCAUGCGAAGAGGUUCACAAAAAGAUGUUGGAUAAAAAAUGUGAAGAUCUCCAAUUGUGUGAAGAGAAGCUAAAGGACCAGGCAUGCCAGGCAGAAGAGAAGGAGAAGCAGCUUAGAGAGGCUGAAGCUCAGAUUUCAUCUGUGGAGAAACAAAAGGUUGAGCUGGCCAAUGCAGCAGAAGAGAUGAAAAAAGAGGCAGAGAUCCUCCAACAUGCUCAGAUGGAGAAGAUCAACCAUCUUAUGGAGCAGAUAUCUUCCUUUGAAGAAAAAGUAGCUUCGAACACAGAUGCAGCAGAGAAGCUUCCAGUCUUGAAGAAUGAGCUAGAUAUGAUCAACCAAUCCCACACUGACCUUAAAAAGUCUCUAGAAGCUCUUGAGAAGAAUCACUCAUCCACAAUUGAAAUCAAGACAAACCUAGAGAACACCCUGACUGAGAAAAGUAAUUUGGUGUCUGCUCUGGAGAAAGAGGUAAAAGAUCUGACCGAGAAGAUGAUUAAAGAGUCACAGAGUCAAGUUUCAGAGAUUGAAAACUUCCUCAACAAAGAGAAUAGCUUGAAAGAGCAGCUCAAAACAUCCAAGCAAUCAGUUGCUUCUUCUAAAUCCGAAUUGAGUGUGUGUCGAGUGGAGAUAAAGACCAUGAAGACGACUCUGUCUGCUGCUUCACACGGCUUAGAAGAGAGAGACGGCACGAUAAAGAGUCUGAAAGAGAAGCUGAAUAAAGCGGAGGCAGAGCAGGUCAAAUCCUCAGAUCUACUGAAGGAGAAGAUGGUCGCCAUGAACAAAAUCAAGGUACAGCUGGAGAUGCUGCAAAUGGACCUGGAGGACAACGAGUCAACCAUGAACUCUUUUGACAGUCAGGCUGAGGGGUUAAAGGCGACGAUAGAGGCACUGGAGGUGCAGCUUGCUCAGAACCACACCCAGAUGACCGAUAUGGAGGACAGGCUGGAGGACAGCAAAUCCCAGGUAUCUGUCCUGGAAUCCCGCUUAGAUGAGGUCCAAUCCCAGAACUCUCUGCUGGAGACACAGUAUGUCACAGCAAAGGAGGAGCUUUUGGAGAGGAGCUGUGAAAUUUCUCGUCUAGAGGAGGACUCUGUCAAGCGAAACCAGCUGGAGGAGAGUGUGGCUGAAUUAGAGACUAAACUCAGUCAGAUCACAGAGGAAAAUACCAGGUUAGAGACGACUCUCAGGCAGAUAAACAAAGACAAAGAGAAGUAUCGCAACCAGUUCCUUCAGGAGAAAAACAGUCUUGAAGCUGAACGGAAACAGUUGACAGAUGAAAGAAAACAAAUUGAGAAUGAAAUAAUUAAAGUCACUGCAGAGAAGAAACAACUAGAAGCCAGUUUAGACAAACUAUCUGAAGAGAACAAGCAACUGCAUUCAAAUGUUGAGCAGUUAACAGAAGACAAGCAGCAAACAGAAGCAGAGAUCGAUAGAGUAGCUGCUGAGAAACUAGAAGCUGAAUCAACGGUUGGUCAAGUCACUGAGGAGAAAGCACAGCUAGAUUUUGCUCUCAGUCUGAUAAAUGAGGAGAAAACCAAACUUGAAGCUGAACUCAGUGAAUUAACUGCUGAGAAAAAGGCUUUGGUUUCCAACUUGACUCAAGUUGUUGAGGAGAAGCUUCAGCUGGAUACGAGCUAUAAUCGGCUGACUGAAGAGAACAUCCAGCAACAGUCGAGUGUGAAUCAAGUAACUGAAGAGAAGCUGCAGCUACGUGAAAGCAGUCAGAGGCUUGAGAAUGAGAUGGCUUCACUUAAAGAGGAAUACGAGUGCAUCCAGUACUCGCUCCAGGCCUCAGAGCAGGAGCAGCAGAGGCUGAAGGAGCAGCUCGAGAUGAGGGACGUGAAGAAUGAGGAGGAGAACAGAGAAAGGAGCCUCCAGUUUGAGGCAGAGCAGGCCAAACUGCAUGAGAAGCUGGUGGCUUUACAGGAGGAGCUGACCGUGUUCAGACAAAAGUACGAGUCACUGCUGGAGCAGGUGGGACAGCAACACAGCAUCAUACAGCACCUCACAGAAACACAGACGCCAGAAGAGAACAUCAGCCACAUCGAGCCUGAGGAGCCAGAAACUGAUGGUGAGUCAGCAGGACAGAUUCUUGAUUCAAGUACAAAUACUAAGUCUCCUAAUGAAAAGGAGGAGCAGAACUCGAUGGUGUUUGGCCUAGAGGAGCUUUUCCAUGAGUCUGACGAUUCUUUCUGUGAGACAAAGUUGGUCUUCAAGGAGGACGUCACUGAGCAAGAGCUGAUCCAGGAACAGAUUGAGGGGCAGAGGCAGGCAAGUGUUGCUGAUGAACAGGAAAUGAGGAGUGAUGAGGAGGAGCAGCCCUUGGAUCAGGUUCCUCGUAACAGCAGCUGUCCCAGAGAUGUUAUUGACGAUGAACCUGAAGUUUGUGAAAUGUCUCGACCCAUCUCUACGACAAAAGAAUUCAACUCCUGUGAUUCGUCCCAGGGACAAGAUGACAUCCCGUAUAAGGAAGUGAUCACAAAACAAGAAAAUGAGCUCCAGACCUUGCGCUCAGAGUGUGACCUCCUGAGCUCUGAACUGACACUGAGAAAGGAGCUGACAUCUGAACUGGAAGUCCAAGUUACAAACUUGGAAAAGAAAGUCAAUGCUGCAGAGGAGGAAGCACAUGGUGCAGCACAUAAACUGAAUGCUGCUAUGAAGGAGAAGAAAGAUCUUGCUAAGCAGCUGGCGCAACUGUCAGAGGAGCGAGAGACAUUGGCUCUACAGCUACACACAUCUAAAUGCCAACUGGCUGAUGUUAUGGAGAUGCUGGAAGGACUGGAAAUGGCCAAAGGUGGAUGGGAUGAAAAGUUCUUUCAGCAGGAGAGCGAGUUGAAGAGGGUUCGAUCUGAGAAAGCAAAUCUGGAGCAGCACAUCCUGGGCAUGGAGUCUGAGCUGGAGACCCUGCAGGAGGAGAGGACCAGACUGAAGGAUGAGAUGGAGACGCAGAGGAGGACGUGUUCCGGCAUGGAGCAGCAGAGAGAAACACUCCUGACAGAGACAAGCCAACUGAGAUCUGAGCUUGUGUCCUGCUCUGAGGAGCGAGAUGAGCUGAACCAGUCUUUGGGGCAAUGGCGAGAAAAGGUUCACAGUCUGGAGAAGACAAACUGUGACACCAGGCACUUAAUUUCCAUCCUGGAGGAUGACAUCAGAGCAGGGAGGAAGGAGUACGAAGCUCUGCAAGGCAGCACAGAGAAACUGAAGACAGAGAGGCAACAGCUGUUGGAGCAGAUUACGGGGCAGGAGCAGGCGAUCUCUCAACAGAGUGGAGAAAGGGAGAACCUUAUCGACCAUCUUAACCAGAUCCAGGAAGACCACACCUCUGCCAAUCAAAACACUGAGUCCAUGGUCAGCAAGAUACAGGCUUUAGAGGGAGAAGUCAGUCGUAUAACACAGUCUCUAGAGUCGUCUCUCCUGGAGAAAGGAGAGAUGGCCUCUCGUCUGAACUCCACACAAGGUGAGGUCCAGCAGAUGAGAACUGGCAUUGAAAAGCUUCAGGUCCGCAUUGAGUCAGACGAGAGAAGGAAAAAGAAGAUGGGAGAGCUGCUCAAAGAUGCCCAGAGGAAGUCCGACUCACUGCAGGAUUCCAUUGAUGCUCUGGAACGGGAGAAGGAAGAUUUAGAGCAAAGUCUGGAGGAAGCAUUUCUACAGGUUGAGACAACCAAAGCUGAGCUGGAGGAGGAGAGACGAGAGGUGGAGGAGGAGAAGAGAAACCUCACCGAGAAACUAUCAGAUCUCUCAACCAUGCUGGAAAACCUGAGAUCUGAGAAAGAACAAUUGGAGAGAGAGCUGGACACCAAAAACAGAGAGAUAGAGGAGUUGAAGGCAGCUAAGGAGGAGCUUGAAAGAGGAUUGGCGGAGGCAGAAGUGGAUAGAAAACAGGAAGAGGAGAGACGGAAAUGCAUGGUAGAGCUCGAGAAAGGGAUGAGAGAGGAAGCAGAGAGGCAAAGCAGACACGUAGAUGACCUCCAAGCGCAGCUGGAAGCCUCUAAGCAGAGAGAGAUCUCACUCGAACAAACAAGUGCAGAGACAGAGGGUGAGAAAGAUAGGGUGCAGUUCCUGUUGGUAGAGAUGGAGAAAGAGAGAAAUUGCCUCCAGAGUUCUCUGGAGGACGAGCAGACUGAAGGAGAGAGACUCCGCUCCCGGCGAGAUGAAUGGCGAAAAGAGAGAGAGGACCUGAGCACCUGUAUUGAGACCUUGGAAGAACAAAUUAAAGAGUUGAAAAUGUUUAUAAAAGCCAAAGAAGAAGAGAUGGCAACCCUGGAAAAGGAAAGGGAGGAUGAAGUCGAUCAGAGACAAGCCUCAGUAAACUCCAUCUCAUCUGUUAUGGCAGAGAAAGAACAGAUAGAAGGAGAAAAGGGACGAUUGGUGGAGGAAAAAGAGAAACUGCAGUCUACCUUAUUAACAGUGGAAGAAGAGAGAGAUAACCUGCUUUGCUCUCUUGAAUCUGUGGAAGAAGAGAAACAAAGACUUGAGCAAGACAGGGAGAGAAUCACUGAUGAGAGAGAAAAGCUUCAAUCUCAGCUUUCUUUGAUAGAAAAUGAGAAACACAGCCUGCAACAGACUCUGUCUCCACUCAAGCAAGAGAAGGAACAAUUAGAGGAGGAGAAACAGAAGUUAGACGUUGAAUUGCAGUCAUCCCUUACUUUGAUUGAAGUAGAGAAGGAGAAGCUGUGCUCUGCUCUUUCUGCACUGGAAGAAGAGAAGCAAAGAGCAGAGAGAGAGAGACAGAAACUUGCAGAAGAACAAGAGAGCCUUCAGUCUGCUGUUGCCUCUAUGGAAAAAGAUCUGGAAACCCACAACUUGUCCAUUGUACAGUUAAAUGAGCAGGUGUCGGUGCUGACAUCCCGGGCUACUCGUCUGUCCAAAGAGAGAGACUCUGCUCAGAGCAAGAUGAAUCUUUGGAUGAAAAACUGCAAACAGCUGGAGCAGGAAAAGCAAAUGAUGUUAAACAGCUCAGGAGAUGCUAAGAGCUGUGAGGAAGUGCAGCCAGAGAUAAACCCACUGAAGAUCGUGUCACAGGACAAAACCAAGGAUGUGGAGGAACUUAAAGCUGCCCUUGAUGGAAAGAAGAGGGAAUUAGAAGAGAAGGAUAAAGAGCUGGAGGAGAUCAAGAGUGAGCUGGAUGAAGUGAAGACACUCCUGGAGGAGAAGAGCACUGAGGCCGAUGAGAGCAUGGAUAAAUACUGCACUCUGAUGGUCGAGGUCCACAAACUGGAGGAGACCAACAAUACACUCACAACACGACUCGAACAGAUUACUUUCAGCCAACGUGCUAAUGAAGCCAAUGCCCACUCGAGCACAGCUGGUAGUACUCGCUCCCGGCGGUCAGGUAGGAAGUCUUCCUCCAAACACGACGAAGAAAAGAUGCACAAGGACAUUGAGAACACGGCUCCCUUGACGCCUCAGAGGUCUCCUCAUGGGUCACUCGCAGGGAAGCGGGGUCGCCGUGAUGUCAGCGAUAAAGACAGCGCCCAGGAGGCCCUGCACAACCUGACAAAGAAGAUCAAGGCCAACGCAGUGGCUACACCCAAAGCAGGAAGUGAGCAGCAGGAGGAUGAGUUCAGGCCGGAGGGACUUCCUGAGCUGGUGCAGAGAGGCUUUGCUGAUAUUCCCCUGGGAGAGAAGAGUCCAUUCAUCAUGAGGAGAACCACAGUGAAGCGCUGCAGCCCACGGCUGGUUGCCAGAAGGACCGGUCCUGUAUCUUCACCUGACGGCAAGAGUGCGUCUGCAGACAGCUCUGUCGGGAAGCGUCUUUCCCUGAGCGGCGAAGAGAAACCAGAGCAGAAAGAGACGCCACAAGCAGACAACUGUCAUGUUCAGUAGAUCAAUGUACACACAAUCGCACACAUUCUUGCACUUUGUAAAUACAUACACACAAAUAAAUACACAAAAGGUUAACACACUGUUUUUAAAUUUAAAAGUAGAGACACUUAUUUUAAACGUGUGUGGGUGGUAGUAGACUGGGUUUGGUUUAUUGUUGCAUUAUGUAAGUUCAUAUCCUCACAUAGAUAUAAAUACAAGUAUGUGUGUUGAAUCACUUUGAUGCAGCACUGCCACAGCUACCAAGUGAGAUGAAGACAGGUUUAAAAACAUCCAGGUCCUGAAACAUAUUUCCAGAAUGCAAAUGAAGCCGCCAUUGUUUUGUGAUCCUCUGAAUGUAUCUUCAUCUUCACCUUGUUCUGGUCUCUUUGUUUAUCUUCACCUCCGACUCACUGGUUGGAUAUUUUUUCUGUUAUUUACUGUUCCUGUUUUCUUGGUUUGUGAGAAAUGUAUUGAAACAUGUACGUUACAGAACUAAUGACUGCUAAUGCAUCCUGCAGCAUAUCCGCUAAAUACUAAUGGCAGCUAAGUUUGUGUAGAUGUUCUGCUUUCACUGUUUCAUAUUUUCUAUAUAUUUUAACUGUUUUAGUCAUGAAGCAUAAAUCUGCUAAAACAUUCUAGUUAUGGCAUGUUUCUGUUUUAAAAGCUUUCA